ACUUAGGUUUUAGUUAUUCAUUACCGUUGCUCAAAAGAAACUGAGCCUUUACUCGCAGAAUGGCUGAAUCGGUCAAAGUUGCUGUUAGGGUUCGUCCCUUCAAUGGGAGGGAGAUCGAUAGAGGCUCAAAAUGUUGUAUAAAGAUGCAAGGCAAGCAGACAACCAUCACCAACUUGGAAGACAAAAGUGUUGAACCAAAGGUGUUCACGUUUGACUACUCAUACCAAUCUCACGAUGGGUUUGAGAUGGAUGAUGAAGGAAUAAGCAUACCAGCUGCUGGUAGCAACUACGCUUCACAGCGUAUGGUGUUCAACGAUUUGGGGCAGGGUGUUCUGAACAAUGCCUUUGAAGGUUUCAACACCUCUCUUUUUGCUUACGGUCAGACUGGAGCGGGAAAAUCUUACUCUAUGGUUGGUUAUGGACCCAACAAGGGUAUCGUACCUAUAACAUGUGACGAGUUGUUCAAGACAACAGAGAGUAACACGGAUCCCAACGUGAAGCACUGUGUCUCUUUCUCCAUGCUGGAGAUCUACAAUGAGUGUGUCAGAGAUCUUCUUAUCAAGAACAAUCCUAAGGGUGGUCUUCCUGUUCGACAAAACCCCUCAAUCGGAGCAUUCUACGUACAAGGACUAACUAAGCAGGUAGUGGGCAGCUAUAAAGCUAUAGAGGCUAAGAUGGAUGAGGGUACUUCUAACAGAACGGUGGCUGCUACUGCUAUGAACGCUACUAGCUCCAGAGCUCAUACUCUUGUCACCAUACAGUUUGACCAGAUAAAAAAGAACGAGGUAGGGGAGGAGACUAAAAGGACAAGUAUAAUAAACCUGGUAGAUUUAGCGGGAUCAGAAAGAGCGGGAAGUACGGGGGCAACUGGAGACCGGCUCAAGGAGGGAGCCAACAUCAACAAAUCUCUAUCCGCUCUCGGCAACGUUAUAUCGGCUCUGGCUGAUGCUUCGUCUGGUAAAAAGAAGAUAAUGGUUCCAUAUCGAGACUCAGUGCUAACAAAGCUUCUUCAAAACGCGCUCGGAGGAAACAGUAAAACUAUCAUGAUAGCCGCGUUAUCUCCCGCUGACAUCAACUACGACGAAACUCUCGGUACUCUUCGUUAUGCCGACAGAGCCAAGCAAAUUAAGAACAAGGCUGUUGUUAAUGAGAACCCGAUGGAUAAGUUGAUCAGGGAACUUAAGGAAGAGAAUGAUAAGUUAAAGAAGGCACUGGGUGGUGAAAUUCCUGCAGCCGCACCUGGAGCUGCAGUUAUGACACCUGAAGAGGCAGCUGCGAUGCGCAAACAAAUGGAGGAGGAAAUAAGAGCUCAACUUGAGGCUAACGCGUCAGCUAUGGCUGAGAUGUCUGGUGAAGAUAGGACAGCGAUAGCACAGCAGCAGUUUAACGAGGACCAACUGAAAGUGUUAGAGAAAGAGAAAGAGAAAGAUAACACCCCUCACAUAACUAAUCUUAACGAAGAUAACGCGUUAUCUGGAGUUAUUCAUCAUCUCAUACAACCAGGUGAAAACAUAGUGGGGCGUAAGGACGGUGAGAACAUUCCAGGGAUAUGUCUUAGUGGACUUAGCAUCCAGAAAUCUCACGCUAUAUUCGCUCGAGACGGAGAUACAGGGACAGUAAUCCUGAGACCUGGUGUAGUGGGCGCCAAAACAAAGGUGAAUGGACAGACCCUGAAUGGAGACAAAACGCUAAUGCAUCAGGACCGCAUCUUGUUCGGUUCUAAUCACAUGUAUGUGUACUACGACCCCGUCAACAAGGAAACAGCCGAGGGAACGCCCGACUCAAUCGACUGGGAGUUUGCUCAGAAGGAAAUCGCUCAAGCAAAAGGGUUUCAGACGGGUGCUGACGGCGAACUAUCUAAGGAACAACAGCUGGCACAAGAGCAAGUGUUGGAAUUACUUCCGAUGGUCAGUGAGAGUAACGCUAUAUCAGAAGAGCUCAAUAAACACAAAUCGUUUGAAGUGAUACUCAUUUCUGGUGCAGCUAACCCCACAGAAGGAUCCAAAGGAACAAAAGUGAUGGUAAAGAUGAAGAAUCUCCUAAACGGAAAUACCUGGCUUUGGGAACGGGGCAAAUUUAUGAACAGGAGAUAUCUCAUGCAAGAUAUGUACCAGAGAAAUCUUGAUGGGGAUGAAACUUUGAAAGAUAUGCCCGAAGACCAAGAUCCAUUCUGGGACCCGCCUUGCGAAGUCCUUAUCGGGACAUCCAGUGCGUUUCUUCAGGCGCUCGGUUACGGUAUUGACAUGGACGAUCCUAUCUUGAUUACAGAUUACAAGGGAGAGGAUCAGGGUCAAAUGUUUGUAAACAUCUCACCGUGUGACGAAGAGGGGAAGUGCAUGGGAGAGGAGUAUUUUGUGGAGGAUUCAAAUGAGCUCCUUGGCAAACCUUAUCAUUACAAAGUUACGAUGAAGUCGUGUGAGAUACGUGACAGCAGAUUUAACGUUGGUAGCUUCAUCAAGUACAAGAUAGACGGUGAUGAAGAGUAUACCGUCACCCCAACCGUCAACCAAUCUCUUGCACCGGAGUUCAAUCACAGUCGAGUUGUUAAAAUUGACAAGGUAACCCAAGAAACGCUGGAGUUCUUUGAGAACUCUUGCAUAACAUUCCUGCUGUACGGUUGUCAAGAGGACAGAGAAAGCGAUGUUAAACUCAUAAAGUUGACAACCAAAGAACUGAGACAAAGAGAAGAAACGACAGGGAACAUGAAAACCAAUGCUCUGACCCGUCAACUCACUAAAAAUACUGUUGACGAAUCAGCAGCACUGAAAACCGAAAUCUUGGUUUUGAAACGAAGAAACGACAUACUGGCGAAGAAAGAAAAACGUAUUCAAGGCAUCGUGACAGCCUGGGGCAAAAAGCCGCCAGAGGAGCAACAAUUUGAACCGUACCACCGGGCUAUAUCUGCCGCUGCGUUUAACACUGGAACUAUGCUGAGAAGUGCAGCUACUGUUAUUACACAGGUGAUAAAAGCCCAGAAGUUGGUAGGCGCUAUGACGGGGGUUGACGGGGAAGCUCCUAUAGUCAGCAAAGCAGCUGGUAGCAAGGCCUGCGUCAUGAUGUGAGGGGGAAGAGACAACCAGGUCUGCUGUUCCCUUAGAGUGCUAGUUGGGACUAUUUAUUCAGUUGGAAAUUAAGAUGUGAAACACGAGAUAUCGAUGAAGGAUAUCAUUGAUCAUGUUAGAUAUUGUAGUGGUAUUGAUCGAAUGUAACGUCUAGAUUGUUCUAGAAUGUUCUAGAUUUUCUAGCAGGCGUUGUGUGGCCCCGGGUGGACUGUAAGAAGAUUAGAUAAGUCUGCAGAGUCCGGAACCAGUUAAAAUAAACUUUAAUAGUUUUUAUUGUCUUGAGAAUUUAGGUAUACUUAUACUUACUUUAGGUACAUUAGACUGACAUGACUGACGCUAUUCAUUAAUUUUGAAGAUCUUACUCCUUUGUAUUCCAUUGUUCUAACUAAAGUUAGCAUUAAUAUGUUAUAUUGUUAUUUAAUGUUAUUGUAGAAUUGCAGAUAAGAGUUAAUACUUGAUUUACUUUAGUGAUUUCUCUCGUUAUGCUUACAAUAUAAUUCAAAUUUUAUGCACGAACGACAUAAUGUAUUUCCGUAAACUUCAGUGACAAUAUCCCAACUCUUUUAUUAAUACUACUGUGAAGUGUGAACUAUGAAAUUGCACGUUCUGUAAUUUAUAAAUAAUUUUUGAGUUUUGCACGUUUUGUAGUUAAUUUCCGAUUAUGUGAGUUCAUUUUCUACUA